AUGUAUGUGUAUGAGGAGGUGAUCAACGGCAAAAAACUCACUGAAAUCAUCAACGAAGACCACGUCAAUACGAAGUACCUGCCGCACGCCCGUCUGCCCGACAAUGUCGUGGCGGUUCCCAACGCGGAAGAUGCGGCUUGCGGUGCAACGCUGCUUGUGUUUGUGCUUCCCCAUCAAUUCAUUCAAAACGUGUGCAAGUCGCUGAAGAACUCGCUUGCUCCUGAUGCCCAUGCUAUUUCCAUGAUCAAGGGUGUGGAUGUGUCCUCUCACAACAUCAGCAUCUACGCCGACGUGAUUGAGAAGGCUCUGAAUAUUCCAUGUGCGGCCCUCAGUGGUGCGAACAUUGCGAAUGAGGUGGCCGCGGGUCUUUUCUCGGAGACCACCGUCGGCUACCGUCCCCACCAGCGUCACCUGGCAGAGUACUACGUGAAGCUCUUUGACACGCCCAAGUUCCGCGUGGGCAUGAUCGAGGACGUGGCAGGCGUGAGUCUGUGUGGUGCUCUGAAGAACAUUGUUGCGAUUGGCGCUGGCCUUGUCGACGGCCUCGGCUGGGGCGGUAAUGCGAAGGCGGCGAUCAUGCGCAUUGGCUUGAUGGAGAUGCGUCGCUUCUCGCUCGAGUUCUUCGAGAACGUUCGUCCGGAGACGUUCACGGAGACCAGCGCCGGUGUGGCCGACCUGAUCACUACUUGCUACGGUGGCCGUAACCGCAAGUGUGCUGAAGCAUUUGUCAAGACGCGCAAGCCUUUCCACGUCCUUGAAGCGGAGCUGCUCAAUGGUCAGAAGCUCCAGGGUACUGAGACGGCCAAAGACGUGUACGAGUUUCUCAAGGCCCGGGGUAAGGUGGAUGAAUACCCCCUUCUGAGAACCAUUUACGAAAUCUGCUUCGAAGGCGUUGACCCCUCGCAGCUUACGGAGCGUCUCUAA